AUGCGCACGAUUGACCCUUUGAUGCAAGUACCUUUGAAAUCCUUUUCCUCAUCAAUGCAUCCUACAAUUCAACCAAAUCAAUAUGUCGCUCUACGUCUUCCAUCUGAUCAAUUGAAAGUGCAACAGAUAGUACAGAACAACAUUAUAUCCCUUGGAAAAUAUGGCGCCUUUCACGCAGACCAGAUUUUGGGAAGGCCAUUCCAUCUUACGUUCGAAAUCAUCAACGGAGAAGAACUACGUAUCGUCCCCGCUGCGGAGCUACAUGCACAUGCAUUGAUCCAGCAAAUGGAAACUCCGUCGGCUUCUCCCGGAGAUGAAGGAGAUAUCGAACACCAGCGGGAUGGCCUCCUGGACGACAACCACACAAAUCAGAUCAUCAUAGAUGAUCCAACGAGUCAGCGGCUGACAGUGGCGGAGAUUGAAGCUCUCAAGUCAGAUGGAAGUGGAAACAGCAAAGACGUCUUUGCCAAAGUAAUUGGUGCACAUUCCACGAGUGAGGAAAGGACGGCCUUUUCAUUGGCCAAAUAUACCCUGAGGAAGAACAGAAAGUACCUGAGAAGAUUCUGUGUGCUUCCAUUGGACGUGCCUACUCUCACCGAUUGGCUGAUGAAUGAGCGCGAUUUCGGAAAGGUCAUGGAAUUGCGGAACGAUGUGCUAGGCCUCAUUGGAUGUUGGGCAAACAUAUACCAUGCUGACGGCUCGCAUUCGGAAAUACGACCGUCGGGUCGAUACCUACUGGUGGACGACACGGGCGGUCUACUGGUCGCGGCGAUGGCUGAAAGGAUGGGUAUUCUAUACGCAGAAGGGGACAAUAAUGACACUGCGGAAAGCAACCACCCUUACACUGAGGACCAAGGUUCCGAGUCUCCUGACCACUCUCGCAGAGGGGAUCGCGAUAUUCCAUCCAUGUCUGCUAUUUCAAAUACGAUUACCUUGCUUCAUUCCAACUCCCAACCGAACCUGGCUUUGUUGAAAUACUUCGACUACGACGUAAAUACUCCUUCACCCAAGCAUCCUCUCUUCACACACCUCAAAACUCUAUCAUGGCUACAGCUGCUCUCGCCAAGUGAAGAUCCUGCUUACACUGAGCCUGAUACCGCCACACCCGAGACACUGGCAACUUGGAAGAGCAGCAAAAGAAGUGCCUACUACCGCAAACGUCGUCGAUGGAUGCGCAUCAAGUCUGUUGUCGACAGCACACGCCAAGGUGGCUUCCAUGGACUGAUUCUUGCCACACUCACAUCUCCAGGCUCUAUACUCAACCACGCCGUGCCACUACUAGCCGGUGCUGCGCAAGUUGUUGUCUACUCACCUUACCUCGAGCCACUAGCCGAGCUGGCCGAUCUUUACUCCACCGCCAGACGAACGGCGUUCCUCAACACGCCGGAAGAGCAGAGAGUAGUCCCUAGCACGGACUUUCCCGUUGAUCCAACGCUGUUACUUGCUCCCUCAGUGCAAACAGCGAGGCUAAGAAGGUGGCAGGUCUUACCAGGAAGGACGCAUCCCCUGAUGAUGGGGAAAGGAGGUGCGGAGGGAUAUAUCUUUGUGGCAACACGAGUAUUGCCAGCACAAGAAAAGGUGACCGCUAGGGGUAGGGUUGGAGGGAAGCGACGGAAGGUAGAGAACCUGGCAGAUCCACUGGAUGUGGUGGGUGCAGCAAUAGAGGCGCAAGCGUAUAGUGAAGAGACUCGCCCUUCAGUCAACCUGGCUUGA